AUGCUAGAAUUCAACCUCGUCAAUUGCGUGGUCUUGCCUACAGUCGAGGCCAUCUUCGCUUUUAAAUUCCUACCCCAUGUGUUCCCUGCAGCCAACACACUGGCGACAUACCUGGUCUUAUUUGCGUUCAUUAAUAUUUCCGGCUUGGUCCUUUAUAAGCUUGUCUUAUAUCCAUUCUUUCUCUCGCCGCUGCGUCACCUCCCCAAGGUCAAGGGCUUCAGACCGCUUAUCGGCCAUGGAUGGAUGAUGAUGGUGAGACCCUCUGGGGAGCCGCAUCUCCAGGCAAUGAAGGCACAACCCGACGCACCUCUCCUUCUCGCGCGCGGCUUCUUCCACGCCGCAUGGCUGUUUCCGACGACUCCCGAGGCCCUGGCAGAUGUUUUGGUACACAAGAGCUAUGAUUACGAGAAGCCGGUGCACACGCGCAAUUUCCUAAGCAGAUUCAUCGGAUUCGGAUUGCUGAUGGCCGAAGGCGAGGAGCAUAAGCACUCCCGCAAGAACAUCAUGCCCGCAUUCAGCUUCAGAAACAUCAAGGACCUGUAUGGCGUAUUCUGGGACAAGUCGAUCGAGUUUCGAGAUGCUGUUCGCGGUGCAGUCGAUGCCGAGCCGGACAAAAUCGUCGACCUUUGUCGCUAUACAACGCAGGUCACGCUCGACAUUAUCGGGCUUGCUGGGCUUGGCAGAGAUAUCGGAUCCCUGCGCAACAGCGAAGAUGAACUCGUCAAGAACUUUGAGGAAAUUCUCCAGCCUACGUCUGAGAAAGCGUUCUUUCUGGUGCUCCAUGUCAUCUUCCCAGGAUGGUUUAUAAGAAAACUACCUUGGAGCUUGAACAAGCGAGUAGAUAUCACCACGGGGAACCUAAGGAGGAUAACCACCGAGUUUGUGCGGGAGAAAAAGGCCAACAUGAAGGUCCAAGGUCCAGAGAACCAGCCAAGCCGCGACAUUCUAUCCAUCAUGAUUCGAAGCAACAACUUCUCAGACAUAAACCUCGUCGACCAACUCCUUACCUUCUUGGCCGCAGGGCACGAGACCACAUCCUCCGCCCUAGCGUGGGCAUCAUAUCUCCUCUCCCGCCACCCAGCGGUCCAAACCCGCCUUCGCGCCGAAAUACACGAGUACAUCCCUGAUCCCAAGCUUUUAUCAGACCACAACUACGACAUCGCAGGCCUACUAGAGAGCAUGCCAUACCUAAAUGGCGUGUGCAACGAAGUCUUACGACUUUUCCCAACAAUCCCCUUGACUCCGCGCGUUGCAAUACGCGACACCAUAAUCGCCGACCAGUUUGUCCCAGUCGGCACAACUAUCUUCCUCCUGCCGUGGGCGAUAAACCGCAACCCCGCCCUAUGGGGUGCGGACGCCGAGGAAUUCGUGCCCGACCGUUGGAUCGACAAGGAGACGGGGCGUGCGACGAUGAAUGGUGGCGCCGCCAGCAAUUACAGUUUCCUCACCUUUUUGCAUGGUCCGCGAAGUUGCAUUGGCGAAAGAUUUGCGAGAGCGGAGAUGAGGGCCAUUGUUGCAGCGUUUGUGGGGAGUUUCGAGAUGGAGAUGGCGGACCCUGGGGAGAAGAUUGUGGUGGGCGGGUCGGUUACUAGUAAGCCGGUCAACGGGAUGAGGCUUAGGCUGAAGCUUGUGGAAUGGGCUUCUUGA